ACUGUAACCCAGCUGAGUCAAGGGAGUCGUGUCACAUUGGCCUCUACUGUCCUGCUCUAUGGUCCUCUGAAUUUAGUGCCAAAUCCCAGCAAGGAUCACUAUGAGAAACACGGUUCAAAUCCGUCAGACUGCCGGUGAAAACUUGGUGGAGGAUGUUUAACUGGAGCGAGGAGUGGAACAUCUCCUUUUCUGGAUGUGGAUUCAGGAGUAUUUACUAUGUGGGAGUUCUGAGCUGCAUCCUGGAGCGAGCCCCUCAGCUGGUCCACGGUGCCGCCAAAAUUGGUGGCGCUUCAUCUGGAUGCCUGGUGGCAGCAGCUGUGACUGUAGGAACUCCCAUGGAACAGCUCUGUUUGGACAUCCUGACCACAGCUAAGGAGGCCCGAAAACAGGGCCUUGGGGUUUUCCACCCCAGCUUCUGUCUGCUGCGGACGGUGCAGCGCUCCUUGCUGGAUAGGAUCCCAGACGAUGCCCAUCUUCGAGCGUCUGGAAGGCUGUGCGUGUCUCUCACCCGCCUGAUGGAUGGAGAAAACGUUCUGGUGUCAGAAUUUGCCAGCAGAGAGGAGCUCAUUCAGGUUCUCAUGUGCAGCUGCUUUUUUCCAGUUUACUGUGGAUCAACGCCUCCUUCAUAUCGGGGAGUGAACUACAUGGAUGGAGCCCUGAGCAACAGCAUGCCCCUGUUCGAGCUCAGAAACACCAUCACUGUGGCUCCAUUUUCAGGAGAGAGCGACAUUUGCCCCACAGAGGGUACUUUCAACUUCUUCGAGGCAAACUACGGGAAUGUUAGCAUUCAGGUCAACACCGGGAACGUUCAUCGUGUUUGUACGUCCUUCCUUCCUCCUCCACCGGAGAUGCUAGCUGAAAUCUGCCACAACGGCUACAUGGAUGCUCUUUGCUUCUUGAUAAAACGAGGUCUCAGCAGUACAGAGUGUAAUCCCUGCAAUCUGUUGUUGGAGGAGCACAGAGCCAAACCUCCAUGUUGUGAUUUGGUGAAAGAAAAGAGGAAGAUGAAAAAGAUGCUGCUGACUGAAGGAAACCAUCAACACCAAGAGCAUUGGUGGCUGGAUCCUAAAGUCAUAGAAAACCUCCCGUCUGGUAUCAAGAAAGUGCUGUGUGAGGUGUGCCGAGACGCUCGUGAGGCUAACAGCUGGUGGUCUCAGACGACAGACUUCCUCCCGGUGAAAAUCUUCCUGUUCCCACUGACUCUGCUUGUUGUGUCCCUUCAGUUUGCCCUGUUUGUGGUCAAAAGUGUGACGAUCAUCUUUAUGAACAGACCACCACAAACUGCUGAUGGGAUCAGGAGAGCUCCUCAGACGUACACAGAGCAUCAGAGAGAUCCCCUCAAAAUGACAGGGCAGCAGAGCAGCAGUACGUCGUCUGACUCUGCAGUGAGCUGACAGGAGGCAGCAAAGCCGCCAGCUCAAACACUCAUCCAGCCGUUUUCUGGACCCUCGUAGUCACAAAGAUGCUGGAGCCUCCCCAGAUACUGCUGGGUGAAGGCAGGGAACCACUUAUAGAGCCACAGGAAGACAGGCUACCACUAACUUACUCACAUGUGAGGUUCAAGUUCAUGUUUUGGAGUGUGGGAGGAAGCCAGAGAAAACCCUCACAUGCACCAGUAUUCAAAGGUGAUAUAUCUUUACUCGACUGUUUUGUUCAGAAGUAAAAUACCUACAUGUAUAUUUAUUUAAAAUUCUCACAUAGAAACAAAAAUACAUGAUACUUUGAGAAAAACAAAUGUGCAAAUAUCAGAAAGACUUUUAUUUAGUCCUGAAACAAAAUGAUGUAAUAGGGGAAAAAAGCCAGUCAUUCCUGACAGGACUCCUUCAGCUGGACUGCAUCCCUACUCCAGGUGUCCACCACCGGGUACGGGGGUUACCGCCGCAACAGGCGCCAGAGACCUUACACAGCUCUGGAAAGCAGCAGAGACAGAGGUGGAGAACAUGGUCCACUCGGGCUCAAUGUCACCAACCUCCGUCAGUACCUGCUUGAAGUUUUCCCGGAUGUGAGAGUUUAAGGGUAACAAACCCUAAAUCAACGUUUUCUGUCUGUUGACCU